ACCUGAACCCAGAGGUGGCACUGGCUUCUCAAACACUCUCCCAACAUCCCUUCCUCUCCCUUCCAGUCUUUGAGAGGGAUGUUGGAAGCUUUCUCCAAAUAUAAAGGAUAUGGGAGUGCAGCUUUAACUCUGGCACGCCUUCCAACCAAAUUGGCUGCUCUUGCCAAUCCAUCCUUGAUAGGAGUCCUGGAGCUGCUGCUGCUGUUUCACAUCACAUCAGAUUUCUUUCUUUCUUCUCUUCCAAAUCCUCCCGUGGCUCCUGCCUCACUCAGAGUAAAGCCAAAGUCUUCUCCAUGGCCCAUGAGAUCCAGAUGAUCUGCCCCCUCACUUCUAUAACCUCACCCCCACCCCUCUCCUCCCUCACUGACUUCCUUGCUAUUCCUUAAAUAUUCAAUGCAUGCCCCUACCUCAGGGGCUUUGCAUUUGCUGUUCUCUCUGGCUAGAAUGCUCUUCCCCAUAGAGCCACGUCAACCGCUCCCCUCCUUCAAGUCUUUGUUCAAAUGUACCACCUCAGAAAACCUUCCCUGAUCCCCUAUAUUUAGAACUCUAACCUUGGGGCACCUGGGUGGCUCAGUGAUUUGAGUGUCUGCCUUCAGCUCAGGGCAUGAUCUUGGGGUCCUGGGAUCAAGUCCCACAUCAGGUUCCCCUCAGGGAGCCUGCUUCUCCUUCUGCCUAUGUCUCUGCCUCUCUCUGUAUCUCUCAGGAAUAAAUAAAUAAAAUCUUAAAAAUAUAUAAAAAUAUAUAAAACUAUAACCUUUACCAUGUAUUCCCAUCCCUUUUCUAACACAUCAUAGAAUCUACUUACCUGUUCACUUGUUGUCUCUUACCCCUGCUAGAAUGUAAACUCCACGAAGCCAGGGAUCUCUGUCCGUUUUGAUUAUUGCUGUGCCCCGCUCCCCCAUGCCUAGUAUAGUGCUGGGCAUGUAGGAACGUGCUUAAUAAAUAUUUAGGCAAAUGAAUAACUUGUGUUUGUAUUCCCAUAUUGCAGAUGCAAUAACUGAAGCAUAGGAAUGUGAAGCCACCUGCUGGAGGCCAUGCCACUAUUUAAGUACUUGCUAGAACCAAGAUCGGAACCACGGUUCCAGCUCCCAGGCACACAUUGCUAACCACUGUCCCACACUGCCUCGCUAAGGCAAGCUGAGUGAAUAAGAUUCUUACCUCUCUACCCAGGCAUUCAGGGUUGCUGAGGUUUAAUUGAGGUGUGUGGGACCUGCCUCAUCUCCCUGUACUUCCAACUCCAGAAGUCAAGGGAAUCUGGGUUUAAGCCAGCUAGUUGCCCCCUGCCCCCAACUACUCCUGGACUCCCACUAGGGCAUUAGCUCCAUGCUCUCAUUUUGGGGGUGGGCAAACCACUCAAUCCAACAUGGUAGAGAUUAGGGAUUAAGUAUUUACCCAAGCAAGGUUUGUGAUGGCCAAUGGGCCACCCCCUCAGGUGGGGUGACGUGGCAGAGAUGAGGACAUGGAGAUUGUGACUUGGGGUGGCGUGGGGUGGUUGCCGGGGCAGAGGGUAUCAUGAUACAGGGAGUGUGCUGACGUCAUGAGAAUGAAGAGGGCAGCUGAGGGAAGGCGGGGGAGUGACAAUGGAGAGGUGAUGGAGGUGACUGCAUGAGGGUGAGGGUGACACGGUUAAUAACAUAAUGAGCCCAAAUCGCCACAUCAAGCUGCGCACAUCACAAGAAUACACUCGCAGAAUCCUCCCAAUCAUCCUGGACGCAGGUGUCCUUGUGCGGGUUUACAGAUGAGGAAGCUGAGAGUGCAAAGGUGUGAUCAGGUGGUCAAGGUUACCCAGAGGUUCUGUGGUGGAGCUGGGAUUCUGGGACACCCCCAGGAAACCGGCUCGAGGAGCGUCUACGGUGAAAGUCAGCGCUGGAUGAGCUUUUAAUGGAGGAGAGAGGCAAUCAAGUCCAGCUGGGGGACUUCUGCCGCUGUAGGGAGAGGACACCAGUUCUCAAAGGCUUGUGGCUCCCGGGAGCAGCACCAGGGCAGGGGAGACAAUGGUCUCAGUGACUAUGGCCACUUCCGAGUGGAUCCAGUUCUUUAAGGAAGCCGGCAUUCCUCCGGGACCUGCUGUCAAUUAUGCCGUGAUGUUCGUGGAUAAUAGGAUCCAGAAGAGCAUGCUGCUGGAUCUCAACAAAGAGAUCAUGAAUGAGCUGGGUGUGACUGUGGUGGGGGACAUCAUUGCCAUCCUCAAACAUGCCAAGGUGGUGCACCGCCAGGACAUGUGCAAAGCUGCCACUGAGUCAGUGCCCUGCAGCCCCAGCCCCCUCCCAGGCGAGAUUCGCCGAGGUGCAUCUAGUGCUGCCUCUCGAAUGAUCGCCAACAGCCUAAACCGUGAUUCCCCACCUGGCACUCCCCCCAGGCGACCAGACACCAGCACCUCCAAGAUCUCGGUCACCGUGUCCAACAAGAUGGCAGCGAAGAGUGCCAAGGCUGCUGCAGCCCUGGCCCGCCGGGAGGAGGAGAGCCUGGCUGUUCCCACCAAGCGGCGCCGGGUCACUGCUGAGAUGGAGGGGAAGUACAUCAUCAACAUGCCUAAAGGUACCACCCCCCGGACCCGGAAGAUCCUGGAGCAGCAGCAAGCAGCGAAAGGUCUCCAGAGGACAUCCGUGUUUGACCGGCUCGGCGCUGAGACCAAGGCAGACACAACAACAGGGAAUAAACCCACAGGAGUCUUUAGCCGCUUGGGGGCCACCCCAGAGAUGGAUGAGGAUCUGGCUUGGGACAGCGACAAUGACAGCAGCAGCUCUGUCCUGCAGUAUGCCGGCGUUCUGAAGAAGCUGGGCCGGGGCCCAGCCAAGCCCAGUCCCCAGCCAGCACUGACUGUCAAAGCCAAGGCCACGAGCUCAGCCACAACGGCUGCCACCCCGACACUGCGGCGCCUAGCCCUUUCUUCACGCCCUGGGCUCGAGAGGAAGCCGGAGUCCCUGUCCAAAGUCAGCAUCAUCCAGAGACUGGGCAAAGCUGCCCUUGUGCCCGAGGCCCAGGACAGCCAGGUCACGAGCACCAAGAGUAAGUCCUUGGCCGAGGUCAAGGUCACCAUUAGGCGGACUCUGGUGGGGCCCCGGGGGAGCAGCUCCAGCGAGGGCCUGGGCGCCCAGAUGGACCAUGCGGGCACAGUGAGCGUGUUCAAAAGACUGGGCCGCAGGACCUUCUAGCGUCUGGGUGGGGCGCAGGCCCCUCUCCAGGACCCUGGCUCCAGCAGAGGCUCCCGUGAGGCUGCGCCCAGCCAGAUGACACUGCUUGUCUCCCUCAGGCACUCAAGCCAGCCCAAGCUUUCUGGGGAUUCACCUCAGUUUUCCCAGUCUGAGAUGGUCGUUGUGGCUUGGCCUUGCUGCUCUGGGAUUUUCCUUUCUCAUGUCCUCUGUUCUCUCCUCUCUGACUAUGGCCUUGGCAGGACCCACUUUUCUACCUCUCCCAGAGCCAUGUGCUCGUUUCCCUCCUCUCUUCCCCUUCCUGCCCCUCAGUGGCGUCUGCUGCCUCUACCCCAGCUGCCUGGCCUCCCAGUCCCCCAGAAUCCCCCCACCUUGCCCACUUCCUGACUUCCCCUUGCCCCUCUGCCUGCCCCCCACUUUAACUUCUAUGUCUCUCCCUCUCUUCAUACUGUUUAUUUCUCUUCUGUUUUUCUGUCCCUGUGGCAAGGCCCGACUGUCCGCUGCGUCCUGCCUGACCCUCCUGCACCUCCGGCCUCCCAGCGGCCCCCUCGUCGGCGGUGGCGUCGAGCCUGUAGAGACUGUUAGCUGCCCUCACCCCCAGGCUGGAGGGACCUCCCCAGACCCUGGGCUGCAGCAGGGCACCUCUGCUUUCCUGCCCUGGGCAUCUUUCUCUCUGAAAGCUCACAGCUGGUGGUGGGCAGGGGUCCCUGGGAAGGGAGGCCGGUGCUGAGAAAGAGAGAGAGAGAGAGAAGAAAACAGCUGUUUUAAUAUAUUUUUGUGACUUUCAAACUGUUUCCCUCCCCUCCUUUAGGGUGAGUCACAGGGUGGUUUUUCAUACAAAGCACAAAGUAGGUGGGGGUGCCAACGAAGGGUUGGGCUCUGUUUCUGGAGGUCAGGACUCCAUGGAGCCACAUCUUUGGUGCAGGCCCCAAGGAAGGCAAUGACGGUCAUGGUCACUGUGCAGUUGGACUUCCUCUUCUCUCCCUCAGCUGUAGUGGUUCUGUCACUGUGUCCUCCCCCUCUGUAUGCCUCACCUGUUUCUGCCACUCUGCCUAUUGGUGGCUUUCCAAACGGCAGGCUCCCUUGUGAGGUGGUGGGUUCCUGUUGGUUAGACCAUACACCUGUUUACUGCUGCACAGUCCCUGCUCUGUUCCAGGCUUGUUCAAAGAGCUGGGGAUCCAUUGGGAGCAAGGUAGACAAGUCCCUGCCUGCAUGACUGACCUCUGGCCAGGGAGAUGGUGGUUAAAGGGUCGUGUUGUGGGAAGAACGGGAGGGAGGAGCACAAGGGGCCCAGAGCUUCUUCAGAUGUUGGGGUAAGAAGGCCUUUCGGAGGAGGUGAGGUAAGGGCUGAGCUGGGAACGAUGGGAAGGAUCAGAAGCGGCUAUGUGAGGUGCAGGAGGAAAGGGUCAGGCAGAGCACACAGCCAGGACAAAGGAACACGAAAGCCAGGGUGGCUGGCCAGGGAGCAAGGGGCCUGCCACACAGCAUGGGCUGGGGCACGUGGCUGGGCACCAGAUGACCUGGGGCUUUGAGACCCACGACGAGGAAUUCAGACAUCUUCUCUAAGCCCUGAGAAGUUUGAGAGGGUUUAAAGCUGGCAGGUGAGGGUCUGAGUUGCCGUUUGUGAAGAUGGCUUUGGUCCUUGGAGGGGAUGGAUUGUCGGGAGGGCAGGGGUGGAGGCAGGGAGGCAGCCAUGCAGGAGCAGAGGCAGGAAAGGAAGGUGGCAUGGGGUGAAGUGUGGGGAAGGAGGGGCUUCAGAGGAGCAGCGGGCAGUUGGGGUGCAGUGGCAAGGGGCAGAGAUCACCUAGAGGGGAGACUGGGGCAUCUGGCUAGAGGUGCUGUUUAUGGAGGGAGGAGCCAGGGGCAGGCAGGUGCUGGGCUGCCGGGAUUUGGAGUGGGGGGUACCUGCGGUGGAGUCCAGCAGCUUCAGGGAGCACUCGGGGGGCUCUGUGUUCAAAGCCGAAGGCCUGGUGAUACGAGCUGGAAAGGAGCAGAGAAACAGGAGAGGGCCCAGAAGGGAAUUGGGGGCCCUUUCCCCGUGUAGAGAACAGAGUUGAUAUGAUUAGCAGGGAGUGGCCUGGGGCUUGGGAGGCCUAAAAGCAGGUGAGGAUAAGAUUAGACUUCAUCCUUUUUCAUCCUUUUUUUUUUUUUUUUUUUUUUUUUUUUAAUUGUGGUGAAGCAUACAUACCAUUUUAGCCAUCGGUAAGGAUCCUGUUCAGUGGCAUUCAGUACAUUCCCAUUGUUGCCUAAUCACUACCACCAUCUGUCCCCAGACCUGUGUCGUCUUCUUGAGCCCUUGAUCCGUUCAUUUGUGGUUUCUGAGUCAUGUCAUGCUGGGGGUGCAUCAGGUGGUGUGCCAGGCACGGGGCCUGGGGUGGGAAAGGCUGGGCUUUGGGGUGAGGGACGAUGGUAGGGCCCAGGCGAGGCGCACGGGGUACCACUUGAGGUCGGCCAUCGAGAAGGCAGCAGAUGUGGGCAGCGGUGAUUCUGGAGGCUGCCCCUUCGUGGUGGUGGCACCGCAGGCAGGAGCUCACAUGGAUCCACACUUUCCUUGCUGCUCUUAAAGUCUUGAUUUUCUUUCCCUAGUUUCCCUAGUUAUUUCCUCUGGUUCCACUUCAUGGGUAAUUUUAGCUACUGCCAGGGUUAAUAGGAAGAGUUCCGGUAACUAAAUUUAAGAGCGCUGGGUGAUUUCUUGAGUGUGUAAUGAUGUGAAAACGAGGAUAGCUCACUUCCCAUGAAAGACUAACAUGCGUGAGGGAAAUCGUGUCACUGUUGCUCUUUACGGACACCCAGAGAGGAGUAAACUGCUGAAGGUGUCACCCAUCUGGCAAGUGGUAGGUCAGGGAGCUGACCAGGAGCCUUGUCCCCCUAACUCCUAACCCUGUGAAGGGUCAAUUGCAGGUUUGAAACAAAGACAUUUCAGAGAGCUGAGGAUGGGGUCCUAGGAUAGUGGUUUUAGAUUUUCUAGACUUCUCGUGUACCUGUCUUCUCCUACUCCCCAAAGCAUAAAACUUGCUGUAGGAAGUGUUUAUUGCUUUGGGGUGCUGCAGGCCUUAAGAGUCCUGCCCCAUCCUGCCACUGUCUGCCAGAUGGACCGGACCAGAUAUUGUGUGCCUCCCAGCUGCUCCAGAACCACCAUGGCCCCGCCAUUUGAUUUGGCUAUUCCCCCAAACCAGCCCCAACACACCAUAGCAGUGUGUUAUUUUUCCUCUGGUUGAAUUAAAUGUUCUUGAGCAUAAUACAUUCACAUGGUUCAAAACUGCAAAAGAUACAAAAGGCUUUGUGGUGAAAAGCUUCUUCCCAAGUCCACUGGCCUUCCAGUGCCCUCCUCAGAGGCCACCAGUAUCUCCAGUUUCUUGAGUCAUCCUCUCAGAAAUGUGUUUAUGUGUGUGUGCUUUGUGUACACACACACCCACACAUGCAUAUUGGCAGAGGAACAUGUAGUAACACUUGUACAAGCACACGUGCAUAUUUACUUAUUCAGUCCUUUCUAGAAGGGAAUUCAGGCUGUUUCUGGUCUCUUGCUAUUACAGGCAGUGCUGCAGUAGAUGGCCCCGUAGCAUGUGGGGUCAGCUCAGAGAUCAAUAUGAAGAAUAUCAGUUCAUACCAGUUCAGUGCAAAUACUCAUAAUUGGGUCAAUAGCAAAUCUGAAUCAGGCUCUCCCCCAAGAGUGUUGACAUUCUUUGGAUGAUUUACUCAUACACUUACUGCCCCCUUCCAAAACGGACUUAAGAGCCAUUGGACUCAUAGUUGGAGACCACCAGAAGAAGUGGGGCAGAGAAUGCUGAAAGCUGACAUGGACCACACCUUUGUGCCAGGAAGAACUACGUAAGUGCUUUGCUCAGUUGACAGACUUCCCAAGUCCUCAGGGAAAGGGCGGCAGCGUGAAGGUCUGGGACUUCCUAUUCUCAUCUCAUGAGCAGAUGUGAAAGGGAGGUGCAGUGAACCUAGGGCUCCUGCCAAAUCACAGAACCAGAUCUGAGCCAGCCCAGGUGGCUGAUUCUGUUUGGAUGGUGGUCUUGGGAUGAGGUCACCGCCACUGGUAGCUCACACCAGCAGAUGCAAAAGCAAGAUGGGAACUUGUAAUGCCUGUACCAGGCAGCCCCACAGCGCCUUCCUCCAGUGUCACAGCCCAGUGCCCCCCAGAUGGGUCAGGCAUUGGGCUGGGGCCACCUCAAACCCUCUUUUCCCUCCUUCGGGAAUCUGAGCUUAGUUUGAUGAGUGUUGCACCUGCCUUUGAAGGCCUGUUCUUCACCUGUACUGAACUUUACCUGCUUUGUGAACUCUGGGCCCUCUGCAGACUUCAUCAAACAGGCAUAGCCGGACCCAGCUGGCAGGUGGCGGGACUGGGUUUGAUGUCAGGAAGCUGACCAGGAGUCUCGCCUUUUUACAUUUUUCUUUUUUUAAGACUUUACUUUUUAGAACAGACCUCAUCUGGUAGACGAGUUGUAGAUCUACAGAAGAAUUGAGACAUACAGUUUGGACAGAGCUCCUGUAGAGUCCACAUUGAAUUUCCCCUAUUAUUAACAUCUUACAGUAGCGUGACUCAUUUGUUACAAUGAAUGAACCAAUAUUGAUUUCAUGAGUAUUAAGCAAAGCCCAUAGUUAUUCAGAUUUCCUUAGCUUCUUCCUUAGUUUUAGGACCCUUUCUGUUCCACCACGUCACAUUUGUGUUUUCCAACGUAUGUGUUAACACAUAGGGAGUUGUCAAUGCCUCCUUAGGCCCCUCUUGGUUGUGGCAGUUUUUGAUGACCUUGACCGUUUUGAAGAAUAUUGGGCCGGUCUAUUAGAGAUUGUUCCUCACUUGAGAUUUGCCUUUCUCAUCGUUAUACCAGAGUUAUGUGUUUUUCAGAGGAAGAGCUCAGAGGUAAAGUGCCAUUUUAUUACAUUGUGUCUAGGGUACAGAGUGCACACAUGAUGUCUCACUAUUUAUGUUAACCCUGAUCACUACUGUUUGCCAGGUUUCUCCACCAUCAAGUUCCUCUCCCUUUCCGUACUGAACUAUGAAAGGAAGUCACUCUGUGCAGCCCUCACCUAAGGAGCACGGGGCUUAUGCUUCACCUCCUUAGGGGCAAAGUACCGACAUGAAUUAUAAAUAAAUCUGGGAAUUCUUCUGUAAGGGAGGUGUGUCUCUUUUCUCUAUUAAUUUAUUCAAUCCUUUUAUUUUCAACAGUAUGGACUCAUGGGUACUUAUUUUAUGCUUUGGGUUAUAUAAUCCAAUACUACUUGAUUUAUUUUGUUAUUCUGGCUUUGACAUUUGGGGACUCUUAGAGUUGGCUCCUGUGUCCUUUGACUUAUUUAUUGUGUGGUGGGUAUUUUUGCGUUUUUUAGUAUUCCAUACUUUCUGGCACUACAGAUUCUCCAGGCUCAUCUUAUAUACUUCCUGCCCUGGUCCUAAAUCAGCCAUUUCUCCAAGGAGUCCCAGCUUAUUUUAUUUAGAAUGGUGACUGAGAAUCGAAACCAAGAUCUAGGCAUGAGAUGUGCUCAUUGCCACUGGGGCGACAAUUCCUUUUUUUAAAAAAAAUGCAAUCUUAAUAUGUAACCCCAGUGUAUAAAGCAUGUUUAAAAUAGGAAAGCAAUAAUUUAUUAGUGUACAUUUAACUGUUUAUUUGGGAUCAAUUCAUGCAAAUGAUAAAAAAUCCAAAGGUACAAAAGGAUAUACACAAUAAGACUGUUUUGGGCCUAGUAGAUUGGCAACACACUCAAUGUCUCCAGUGUUGGGGAAGAUACCAACUGACACUGCUUUAAGAGUAUCAGUUGGUACCAACCGUUUUGGAAAAUAAUUUGGUAGGUUGUAGUAUAAUUGAAGAUGUUAUACUCCCUAACCCAGCAAUUACCGUCCUGGAGAAACAAACGCACAUACAUUGGAAGGUAUAAGAGAGUUCAUAGGAUCACUGUUUGUAAGAGCAUUAACUUGGAAGCAACCCAAAUAUCUAUCAACUGGAGAAUGGACACAGUGUGGCAUAGUUGUUUCAAUUAUCUAAUACACAAUGAACUACCCAAAACUUAUCAGCUUAAAUCAAUAAUCGUUACCUCUAAUGGGUCUGGGGGGUUGACUGGGCUCAAUUAGACGAUGUCACUUGGGGACUCUCAUGUGGUUGCAGUAAGAUAUUGGCUGGGGCUAGUGUCCUCUUGAAAGCUUCCCCAGUUGUUUGGUGGUUAACCAAUACUGGCACUUAGCUCAGACCUCAACUUGGGCUAUCAGCCAGAAUGCCUACAUAGGGCUUUGCCACGUGGCCUGGGCUUCCUUACGGCACCGUGGCUGGGUUCCAACAGUGCGCUGCUCAAGAGAAUCAGGGAAAACUGUAUUGCCUGUUCUAAGCUAGCAUUGGAAGUCACGUUGCUUCACUUCUGCUCAGAUUCGAGGCCAUAGACUCUUCCUCUCAAUGAUAGGAAUGUCAGUGUCUCAUCGGAAGAAGAGCAUGGGGGAUGAGAGCUUGUUUUGUGUCCAUCUGGGCAAAUUAUACAUCAAUAUUGGAUGUACUACAUGAUGUACUGGAUGCGGUAUAUUAUACAUCAAUGAAAGUGAACUAGCAUUGCACGUAUCAAUACGAAUAAAGCAAAACAUUGAGUGUGAAAAGCAAAUUGCAGAAGAAUAUGUGUAGUUUUAAAAUAUGCAAACUGUUUACUACUUAUUUACUUAAGAAUUUAAUCAAUUUACUAUUUAAAAUAUAGUAAAUGUAUGAUAUGCAUAGGAAUGAUAAACUCCUAAUGUGGGAUGAUGGUUCCCUCUAGGGGUGGAUGGGAUGGGAUGCGACUGG